CCCCGUGAGUCCUAUGUGACCGAGACAUUACCUGGAACGCUGCCUUUCCCGGGUGCAGGCCAUGCCCCCGGCUCAGCAAUAAAGGGCCCCACUGCCUGCCAGCCCAACAGGCCCUGUGGCUCACUGUCCCACAGCUGCAUGGACCGACUCUUCUGGCCACGGGCCCUGCUCCUGGUAGUCCUGCUAUUUCCAGGGCUAUGCGGGACCAGGCACGUGAGCCAGGGAGGCACCGAGGGCCCCAGGGCACCCAAGGAUGAGGCCCUCACACCUGGAACCAAUGACUCUCAGAGGCUUCACCACCCAGGAAAGCGCUACCUUGUGCCACUCACCCCUCCGCUGGCGGACUAUGGAACAGGUUUCAAAGUUGUCAACUGCAGGAAAAGCGAAGGCCACUGUCAAGAAUAUUGUAAUUAUAUGGAAAUACAAGUGGGCUACUGCUCUGAAAGAAAGGAUGCCUGCUGUUUACCUCAAAAUUGAGGCUGCUGACCCAGAAGCCAGAGAGUCGUCCACCUACUGUCUUCUUGGGCCGCAGCACAGACCCACGUGCAGGUCGUCUGGGGAAGAACCUGAGCAGAGAGGAGCUAAGCAUUGUCACCUGGGCUAGGAAGUCUAAAUAUGUUACUGUAGAAAAAUAAAAAUAAAAAUGGGCUAUGCAUAAUCUUAUAGACAUGAUCUUAGAGAAAGUGACUUGGCUAGAGAUGAACAAAAUCACACAAUUUUUGCUAGUGAUGUGGAUGUAAUAAACUUUAUAGGCAAGCAUUCAAGGAAUUCAUUCUUUUGUAUUAAAACUAUGU